CACGUAGUGAUAAAUCCAAAAAUAAAGGUAUUCAUACUACUCGAAGCACAUCACGGACGAUCACGGCUCCUAUAGAUAGAGAAGAGAGUCAGCAAGAAUCUACUGAUGGCCCAACAGCUAAAAAGCUAAGACGUAUUGAUGAACGUAUAAGACGAGUAGAAAACACAGAUGCAGUAGACUUUGAUGUCACCCUGCUAGAUUUUGCAGGACAACAAGUCUAUGAAAUGUCUCAUCAGAUGUUCAUGGCCAUGCUGGGAGUUUAUAUUCUCGUAGUUGAUUUGUCUCUUAAACUUGAUGAUGUAGUCCCUGAUGAAUUUGAAGGUGAUGGUGGGAAAAAGAAGAAGAAGAAGAAGAAGAAACAGAAGACUGUGAGAG